AUGGUCUUUCCGAAGUACCGGGCGCUUGUUAUCCAGAAGUAUCGCGACGACAUUAUCCGGAAGUUUAAUAACAAUACCCGGCCGACCGAUAUUGCUGGCGAGCUUCGUGACCUGGUUCACGACGAUCCUCGUUUAGCCGGUAUCACGGCUCAAGACGUGAGUAACGCCUUGGCUAGGCACCGUCAGGAAGAACUAGCUGGCCGUACGCCUCUUCAGUUUCUCUACGACCGGCUAGAUAAGUCCGACUUCUUUCAUCGAGAUAGUCGUGAUCCCCAGGGCCGGCUAACUGGGCUAUUUCUCGCGCCUCGUGCUACCUUCCAUCGAUGGCGUCAGCAUCACGAUGUCCUCGUCCUCGACUGUACCUACAAGACGAACCGAUUCAAUAUGCCGUUAUUGAAUAUCUGCGCGGCCACUCGAGAUAACAAAACGUUCUCUAUUGCCUCUAUCUUCUUGAACGGCGAGACCGAGUCCCAUUACUAUUGGGCUAUCUCGUUGCUGCUAGUCCUUUGCGAGAAGGAGUCGAUCCCAUUUCCAAGGGUCACUGUCACGGACCGAGAUACUGCGUUGCUUAAGGCGUUAGAUAGCUUUCGCGAGCUUCAAAACAGUACUAACCUCUGCACGUGGCAUAUUAACCAGAAUGUCGUUGCGAAAUGCAAGCAAUUUUUCCCUAAGGCAUCAAAAUCGGCAAUCGAGUCGUACGGCCACGGCAUUCCAAGCGUUUCUACAAGAGUGGAACGAGAUCGUCAAGUCACAAGAUGUGAAUAG